GAGCAAAAAGUACUUUAGUCACAUAUUAUUGCUUUCAGUUACAUUUUUAGAAAAAUUGGAUUGAAUAAAUCAGGGAUUGAAACGAAACUUCGGCACAAUCAUAAAAAACAUUUUCAGACUUUCAGAAGAGCAUUAGAAGUUGCCAAUAUACUUUGAUGGUAACAUAAGAUCCCUAAGACUACAUUUAUUGAAAAAAGAAGAAAAAGUAAGGUUAUAUUGAUAUUGUUUGCUUUUAAAUAAGUAUAGCACAUUUUAAUCCUUCGACGAAUGUUUACAUCAAUGUUAUAAAGAACUUGAUUUUCAAUUAAAUUUCAAAUAUUAAUUGUUAUUAAUAAUGCCUGUGAUUAGGAAAGUUGUAACAAAACAGACAGGACAUAGACCUAUUUUAAUUAAUUUUGACAAUUCAAAAGUUAAACCAGAAAGUGUGAAUACGUUAGAAGCGCAACUUUAUGAAACAGUACUUAGUGAGAAAUUGAUAGCUGUUACUUCCAACAAACUUUUGUACACUGGAGAAGUAGAAGAUGAUGAGUUAUACCAUAAUUUUAUUGUUAUCCACAAGAGAGAUUCAGACCAGAUUACAUUAUUCCAGUAUGAUCGUGCUACUGUUCAAGCAAGAUUCAAUAAAAAAAGGAAAUUUGAAAUAUCUCCUAUCAAAGAUAACGCUGCAGCUGAACUAAACAAACAAUUUGGAUCUAAAAAAGCCAAAAGAGUUACUGAACAAAGAGAACGACUUACCAUGAAUAUUGAUGCAGUUAAACAACAGUUGGAACAAACUGUAGCAGGUUUGAAAGUUGAUAACGUGGAACAAGUAGUAGAAAAUGAGAGUAUAUACAGACCAAAAAUUAACAGAGAUGCUUCUUCUCCGGAUGGUGUUUACAAUUUGGAAGAUUUGGUGGAAGCUUAUAUUUUAGACACUCUAGCAGUGGAAGCAGGAAAAAUCAUAGAAGCUGGUAGUGCAGAUCAAUUUGGGUUUUGUAAGUUCGUCACUACUAAUAUGAAUAAAUUAUUGACAUCAAAUAUCUCAGAAGAAGACAAAAUCCGCAGUCUCACAAUAUUCUUGUAUAUACAUUAUUUGAUCGUAUAUAUAAAAACACCCAUGAAAUCCAUCACGAAAAAAUUUGUAGUCUGUGAUAAAUCCGUUGAUAUCAAUAAUCACAUAUUGAAAGUAUUUUCAGAAGUAGGUGCAAACGGCAGCCGGACACGUCCAUUACACAUGAAAGACAAAGCUCUCUGCUAUACCAUGAUCUUAGCAGCCAUUGCUAUGGAAUUCGAAGUAGACGUCGAACUUCUUUCUAAAGACUUGAAAAUUGGUAUGAAGAAAGUAGUGGAAGUGGCUAGAAUUUUAGCAUUUAACAUGAAAGCUAACAACAAAAACAUAGUACAAUUGAAAUUACCAUUACCAGCGCCUGUGGCAUAUUCUCCGAAGAAGGGCAGAAGAUAGUGCAAUUGAUAAGGUUAUUUCAUUACAGAAGGGCUAAUUUUAAUUUUUUCGGAUAUCAUGUCUUCCGAAAUAACCCAUAGAUUAUAUUUUGAUACAAGCCUGAUACUGUUGCUAAUAUUUUUGACAUGAAAUUGUAUGAAUAAUACUAUGAGAUUGUUGUACUAUUCAAUAGGAAUUCCAAAUGGCAAAUGUAUUAUCAUCAGAGUUAUAAUAAUUGCAAACAGUCAAUACACUGUGAAGUAACACUACAACAUUCACCCCGUUUACCUUUGGCGCCAGAAAAUGUAAUAAUUAUGAGUGUUGAUGAAGUUAACAGUGGGUUCAGUUGGUAUAUCAUCUGUUAUUAAGUAUUGUGUACAUAUUUUUACAAGUAGUUUGAGAUAAUAAAACUUUAUACAUUAAUAUUGAAUUUAUUUAUUUGUCUUUUGUUAUUGAAGUUGUAACUUCACUUCCCUGGCUGGAGACUCUUCCUCAGGAAGUGGUAUUCGCUUUUCCAGUAGUUGGAGUUGAAUUUAAUGAGAUGGUGGUGUAACGGUUGGGUCGUUGGUGAGUUUGACCCCAACCUGGCAGCUGUAGAAAUGCGGAAAAAAAUAAAAUGAGGAAGGAAACGGGGACACAGAUGGAAAUUACUAAAAAAGCGAUCGAGUAGAUAGAACAGAUAACAUAUAAAAAACUGAAUUUAUAUUUUAAAAUAUACCCAAAUAGAAAAAAAAUUGAUAGUCAAGUGGAAUUAUAUUGUGCCAAAGAACAUAUUUUCCCAACUGUUGCUUCGAUUCCAUUUAACUGAAUAAUAUAUUUCCACUCCGUUUGAAUUUUUUCCUGGAUUAAAGCCAAUAUAGUUUUUUUUCUUCGAUUCCAGUAUCUGAAGAGGUUUUUCUCCGAAGGUCAGUUGUACUUGCCAUGUUUUUUAUUUACUUGAAGUAUUUCUAUUACAUUAACAACCGCCUUUAUUGAAAUUAGUUUUAAAAAUUUUAAAUUUCCUGAAAAAACUUACCAUAUCCGGUAUUUACUUUCAUUACUGCUACCAGAUGGUACUACAAACUAUUUUCUUGAAGGUAUAUGGGCCAUUUAGCCAAAAUUAUGUGUACGUUUUAUUUUUUAUCAAAAACGAUAAAAAAUGUUACAACCUAAUAAUUAUGUGUCAUCUGGCAACACUGUUUGAGUCUCUUUAUUGGAAAGUCUAGACACGAGCUAUAACGCUUAUUUGUCAGAGAGAGAGAGAGAACUAUGUGUCUUUUUCUAUUCUAUCCUUUCAAGAAAUUAAAGGCGUCUCCCGUCAUGUGGUCUCGCGAUUGUAAACAAAACAGACUAGACUCGCAUUUGACUAGUCUAUUUUUGAAAAUUCAAUUAAUUAUGUCUAUAAAUGUUAUUUUCUUCGUACAUCUUCCAUAAUUUCCAUAACAUUGUUCGAUCAUUUGAACAGACCACUGUUUCGCGCGCUUCUCUUAUUGGAGCCGCCAUUAAUUUCUUAGUUCAAGGAUAACCAAUCGCUUGAAGGACCGCUUGUGUCCAGACCACAAAGAUGGUUCAAGGUUACAUCAUUUUUAUAAUUAAAGUUCUAAGCCCUAGAUGGAUCUGCCAGCAUAUUAAUAUUUAAAAAUAUUUAUUUUGACUUUAUUAAUAAAUAAUAAGACGUUAUGUUUAGAUCAUUAUUAUAAUUGAAGGAUUAUCAUAUUUCUUCCAAAACCCGAUCUGUUUACAUUUGAUUUGAGUAUACAGAAAAGAUUACUCUCAAGAUUACAACUAAUAAAUUUUUUAAUUUAUCAUUUUUUUCAUAAUAGUUUUCAAAAUUUCAUCUUUUGUGAUACUACAUCUUGAAAGUGUGUUAUUUUUGAGAAAUAUUAUAAACAAAAACAUAAAUUUGAAAGUUUAAUUAAUAAACUUCAAAUUUGACAGUAUUUUAUUAAGGAUGUCAUAUAAGUAGUUCAAGUUUAGACCGCCAGUUGACGCAAAUUUGGUUAUAACAAAUGACAUUGUCAUGAGCUAUCUAAAUAUAGGUAAUCUGUGGUUCAGCCUUUCUAAUACAGGGACUUUAAUUUUUACUAACAGACCCACCUAGGAAACUAAACGGAAAAUAAAAAAAAAUAUUUGACUUUGAUUGGUCUGCAUGUACUUUUCUAAUAUUUAUAUAUCACUUAUGAGUGUUUGCAGUUGGUACACGUUUAAUUUUAUUAUAUUUGUUUAUUUCGUGAUCUAAAUCUCUUAUUUAAAAAUUCAAUUUAGCAGCAAAAUAAAGUUUUAGACAAUAAUUUCAUUCGUAGUUUAAUUUUUCCCUUCAAAUCCUCUUAUUACAAUUGAUUUUAUUCCAAAUCUCAUUUUUUGAUGAAAAUAUAUUAAAUUCUAACAUAUUAUUGUUUUCCUUACCAUUCAUGACUAAUAGUUUUUAAUGUGAAUAAAAUAUUUAUUACUUCCAUAUAUCUAUAUAUAAUUUAUUGGUACAUAAAGACUUUAAUUUAUACUAACAGAACCAUCUAGGAAAUUAAACGGAAAAUAAAAAAAAUAUUUGACUUUGAUUGGUUUACAUAACUUUUCUAAUAUUUAUAUAUCACUUAUGAGUGUUUGCAGUUGGUACACGUUUAAUUUUAUUAUAUUUGUUCACUUCCUGAUCUAAAUCUCUUAUUUAAAAAUUCAAUUUAGCAGCAAAAUAAAGUUUUAGACAAUAAUUUCAUUCAGUUUCAUUUUUUCCUUCAAAUCCUCUUAUUACAAUUGAUUUUAUUCCAAAUCUCAUUUUUUGAGAAAAUAUAUUAAAUUCUAACAUAUUAUUGUUUUCCUUACCAUUCAUGACUAAUAGUUUUUAAUGUGAAUAAAAUAUUUAUUACUUCCAUAUAUCUAUAUAUAAUUUAUUGGUACAUAAAGACUUUAAUUUAUACUAACAGACUCAUCUAGGAAAUUAAACGGAAAAUAAAAAAUAUAUUUGACUUUGAUUGGUCUGCAUGUACUUUUCUAAUAUUUAUAUAUCACUUAUGAGUGUUUGCAGUUGGUACACGUUUAAUUUUAUUAUAUUUGUUCACUUCCUGAUCUAAAUCUCUUAUUUAAAAAUUCAAUUUAGCAGCAAAAUAAAGUUUUAGACAAUAAUUUCAUUCGUAGUUUAAUUUUUCCCUUCAAAUCCUCUUAUUACAAUUGAUUUUAUUCCAAAUCUCAUUUUUUGAGAAAAUAUAUUAAAUUCUAACAUAUUAUUGUUUUCCUUACCAUUCAUGACUAAUAGUUUUUCAAGUGAAUAAAAUAUUUAUUACUUCCACAUAUCUAUAUAUAAUUUAUUGGUAUAUAAAACAAAUAACCCAUAUAUGCCCCUAUUAUAUUUAAAGCCGUUGUUUAUAACAUAUGGCUAUAUAUAGGUACACAAGGGCAAAGCGUACGUGGACAUUCAUAUAAUCCACUUUACACAAUUUGCAUGUAAAUAUUACAGAUAAAGUAAUUUAUUAGUAAUGUUUCAAAAACUUUGAAAACUUGUCAAGAUUUUGUACUCGCCAUAAUCCACAUUUGAUCUCCUUUAGAUUCCAUGAAUUUAUAUGAGUUGUGAUGUUGAGUGUAUAAAUAUUUAUUAACGUAUAAGAGUGUAUAAACAUUUAAACCACGUGCCACAAGCUAAAAACAG